GGAAGAGGAGGAGGAAGAGGAGGAGGAGGAGGAGGGUCCUGUCCGCCGGCAGCAGCAGCAGCAGCAGCAGCUCCUCUCCAUCCCAUGCGUCCCGGAGAAAAAGGAUGGGCUCAGAUCCAGACAUGAUGAAGAGAUGAAGAGAUGAAGAGGUGAAGAGACUCUUUGCAGCUUAAUUUAGUUUCAGAUCAGCUCGCCUGAGAAGGAGAGGACGGAGGAGGGACUAUUUUACAAUCUUUCUUUCAUCAUGCUCCCCUGCUCAUCGUCUGCACAGAUGGAGGGAUGCGAGGAGGAGGAGAGGGGCGCGCACAUGCAAACAGAGUGCAACAGACUGACGGUGGAGAGAGACGAGGCCGAGAGACAACUGAAGCACAUCAAGAGAGUGUCUCAGAUGGUGAUUGAGGAGGUGAGCGUCCUGCAGACUCAGCUGGAGAUUGAGAAGUCGUGCCGAGAGAAUGCAGAGGCCCUGGCCACAAAGCUGAACUGUGAGAACAGGAAGCUGAAAUACUUGAGCAUGUCGUCUCGCCCGUGUUUGGACGAGCUUCUACCGAGCAUCUCCGACUGCAUCGCGCUGGAGGCGGACUCAGACGCAGACACAGCCGAGGGAAGCCCUGACAACUUCACACAGUACCAUCAGCAAGUUAAAGAGCUGAGGGAGACGGUGAGCAGCUUAUUGGAGGAGAAGAAGAAUUUCGUGUGCCAGAUUCACGAACAGCAGAGACGGAUAGAAGAGCUGACGUCACAGUCAGAGAAGGAUCAGGCCGAGAUGAAGGAGCUUCGGGAAACUGUUGAGCAACAAAGUAAAACCAUCAAGAGAUUCAACCGAGUGUCCAUGAUGGCGGCUCAGGAGUACGAUGGGAUGAAGGAGCAGCUGGACUUGGAGCAGAGCCUCAGAGUGAAAGCUGAGACGUAUGCACACGAGAUGCUGGUGAAGCAGAAGGAGGCGAACAGGCAGAGCAUGCUCCUGCUGCAGAGUGCUGAGCCCAGCGUUCAGCUGCUGAAUGCUCUGGAGGACGUCGCUGCCGUCACCAAAACCCUGGAGGAGGAGCGUCUGCAGCAUCAGCAGAAGGUGGAGAGCCUGGAGGCCCAGCUGGAGCAGAGCUGUGUGAAGAAGCAGCUGGAGGCUCUGCAGAGGCAGCUGGAGCUGCUGGAGGAGGAGAAAAAAGAGGUGGAGGGACGAGUGGAGCAGGCAGAGAAGAAGAACGUGGAGCUGCAGAGUAGAGUCCACGAGCUCCAGGAGGAGUACCAGAAGAGUGCAGCCAUCACAACCAGCACAGGACCCCCUCCCCCUGAACCUGGUGUCGCCCCACCUCCUGCCCCUCCCCCGCAGCCACCUCCUCCUCCUCCCCCUCCCCCGCCACCCCCUCCUCCUCCUCCACCCUCGAGAUGUAACCCCCUCAGCUCUCUGAUCGCCAUCAUGAGGAAGUCGUCUAAAGGAUCCAAAGCCUCUGUGAAAGCCGAGCAGCCUGCAGCUGGAGACGACGACGUGAAGGUGAAGGCGGUGAACGAAAUGAUGGAAAGGAUCAAACAUGGCGUCGUCCUGCGACCAGUUAAGAGCCAGGACAGCAAGAGAGCAGCAGCAGUAAAACCGCCUCCCGUCUGUGAGGAGAAGCAGCCGCAGGAGAGCGCCAUGGAGGAGCUGAAAGGCAUCCUGACGCAGAAGUCUAACAACAUCACUGAGAUAUUGGCGCACAGACCAGAACCUCCAGUGUUGGGGAACAACAAGGUCCCUGCAGGGACGGGGGUUUUCUGCCUCCAGGAGACGGUGAAGCGCAGCCCCAGCCGAGGCUCUCAGGAGUCUGGGCCGUCGCCGCCUGGGAAGAAGGACAGCGAGCUUGAGGUCAUCCUGAGACGCCGACGCAACAAGGCAGGAGAGGCUGGCUCUGGAGAUGAGCGGGAGGGCCAGAUGAGCCACGUCUCCUCCACAGACAGUCUGAACGGGAGACGCACAAGCACUGACUCAGGCAAGGAUCCUGAGGGGCCCAGGGUGAGCUCAGAGAGACGGGGGUCUGGACCGGGGCCCAUCGUGGCCAGGAGGAAGAGCUCCGACACGGGCAAAGCCCCCAGGGUGGGCUCCUGGCAGGAGAGGAGGUCCUGCAGCUCGCUGUCUGAGAAAGAAACGGCAGAGUCUCCGGUCAGCAACGGCUGCAUCAACAGUGUGGAGGAGGACGAUCAGAACGGGACUGAGAGGUGCGUCCAGUCCAACGGAGUCGAGCGUGCAGGACCCAAAGAGGACGCGCACGCCGCUGUCUGUGCCGGCCCGGUCAACGGCAGCACAGACGCUGAGUGCUAAGGUGGACUCUGAGGAUCCACGGCUUGUUUCUGUAAUGCAUCUUAUUGGCUGAUGUGGAAGUGAUGUCAUCGCUCAGAUCAGAAGGUGUAGGGUGUGAUCACUCAGCUGCCGUUCUAAUGAUUAAAAAAAACUUACAAAAGUCACAUGACUUACACGUUACUAAGAGGAGAUUGGCUCCUGCACUCCUUUAACACACGCUAAACAAGCUGCAUCAACGUGGCUGGAUUAUCAUCCCCGGUUAACUCUUCAGAACAUGCUUUUUGUGAACGCACCCUAACCUGCUAGGACUUUGUAGAAGCCCUGCAUCGUCUAACUGACUGUCCCCCAUCAGUCAGCGAGAGACUCUUCUCCUCAGCUUAAACUAUCUGGAGUAAAAAGAAUGAAUCAGCCGAAGUUCAGGGAUGAGCUCAGGAAGUAAAUAUCCAGAAUUUACAGAUACAUUUUCACAGGUUAAAGAGUCUUUUUCUCACGCACGGGACGUAUGCCUCCAGUCUAAAAAUCUGCACCAAGUUCUAAAAACAAAGUGUAAUGUUUAGAGCAGCUGUUACCAACCUGGAGUUUGUAUUAAUAGGACAGCUGUUUAAAAUAAUGUUGUUGGAUCAUUUCUUAAAAAUGCAUCAGAAAAGCAAAAAAGUCUGCAACGCCGUAUCACCAAAACUUGUGUUUUUUCAAGGCAGCUUUAUUUGUAUAGCGCAUUUCGUACACAAGGGCAACUCAAUGUGCUUUACAUUAAAAAGCAAAAUACACAAAAGUAGUAGAAAAAUGUUAUACAUCAAUUUCAAACCUUGAAACUUCACUCUUAAUAUUUAAUUUCUGCAUAAAGUUCUUAAUUUUUGAUGAAUUGACUUUAAUGUUUCCAUGUAAUCUGACACUUGUAAGGAUUUUAAACUCCAGUGGUUGCACAGUUCUUCCAGAGCAUUAUGUAUUUCCUCUGAGCGUUGAAAUCUCAGUAGAACUACGUGCAAGAGAAGCUAAACUACCGUGAAAAGAUCACUCGUAUUAAGAGUUUCAGGCUUCUACAUUGGCUGAUACACUGAGUUCGACUUGACCAGCUCCACAUCAGAGUUCUUCUUAGGUGCAGAAAACAAACGUGUGGAUCCUGGAGCAGCGCCGCAUUGAACUGUACGAGGGAAGCUGCACUUUUUGCACAGAACCUCAUUUUUUUCUUCAAACACUUCAACUUGUACAAUGACUGCAAAGCUUUAGGUUGAUGUUUCUUUUUCUCUGUUUGAUGCACAAAGGAUCUGUUAAAUGCCACUUUGUGUCAUCAGAAGGAAUGCACUGUACUGUUUAGAAUCCAGAUCUUCUUCUGCUUCUCCUGCAACUAACCUCCUUCACGCUCCCAGGUGGAGGCUGCCUGAUUACUGUGUGGCUGAGAGCUGUGUGUUAACUUCAGCUCCACUUGAGUCCCAGGUGUGCGGCCCCGGCUGCAGUUUGCAGGUAUUUAGAGUAUCUCAUUCACGGACUUCCUCCAUUCAGUCCGACCUCUUCCUGAGUCCAAAAGGAGCAAGGCUGAGUGAAACAACUUUGACAUCCAGGGUUGAAAUAAAAACGUCCAGAAAGCUUCUUGUACUUCUGCGGCUGAGGCUCCCGUUCAGGUUUCAGCGUGUCGACUAUCAGUGUGUGCAGCGUGUGAGGGUGGAAAUCUGACAAGUUUGGGAUUAGGAAUAAGACUUAUAGAAGCCAAACAAGAUGUUUGUGCGGUAACAGCAAAGACAGAAGCACUGUUCAUAUCCCAUCGAACAGGAAUGUCUCAGGGUCCGAUGGGACGAGAUGUGCACCCUAACUUGAAAGCCUUUUUUUUUUAAAUCUCCUGGUUUGAAGAGCAGAUACGAACAGCUUUAGGGAAUGGGGUGCUUGUGUACGUUGUCUACCUCUCCACAGACACUAAACCUCCAAACCUCCACAUCCUGACUUUAGUGGUGUGAAAUCUCCUGAGAUACUGUCCCUCCACCAGAGAUGUCUUCCACACGCCUUCCUCCACUGAGUCCUUUACGCACACACUCUGAGACGCCCUCAUUGUUUCACGAGCUCACCGUCACAUCUCACCGUGCAUUCCUUGACUUUCAUUUUUAGGGCUUACUGUCUAUAUAUAGCCUUCCUUACGUGUGAUGCAACAAAAGGAACAGUUUUAAAAAGUAUGCAAUUACAUAAGGCACAUUUGUAUGAUGCUGUCACACCUUGUCAUUCUUUCUUAUAACACAGAAUCACAUUUAAAGGUGCAUUUCUUUCCGUCUACUGGCUGUAUCUAAAUGAAAUGCAAAGGACCAGGUGUGAGACUGUUAAGCUGCACAUGAACAACCCAUCAGAGUCGUUAUUAAUACCACAGGCCUGCAAUGAUGCAUAUCCAGGCCUAACCCAGGCCUUCAGACGACCUGCAGCUGGGUGAUACGAAAACAGGUCUUUGUAUUGUGUGGAUAAAAAGUGAACUACUACUGAAGAAGGAUUUUACUGUAUCUGACAGAGUUUGCGUGACUAUAGGUAUCGUGUGUGUUUUUGGGAUAUAAAUGGAGUGGUACAAAGUUUUUUAAACAUGGAUUUUCAUUUUAGCAUCACUUGAAAUAAAUUGCAAUUCAAACUUG